AUGCGCGCGUUUGUGCAGAACGAGGCGGUUGCAAAGCACCCCGUUCAUGCUGAGAUCCAGUUGUUGUGGCACUACGAGAUGCUUGCGCCCAAGGUCAAACCGAGAGUUAUAAGUUCGAGUAAGAAAGCGUGCUUUCUUUGCAAUCUGAUGUUUCAGAUUCACGGCGUCCACCUCGCGCCUGCCACUCAUGGAAGACUUUACGUGAAAUGGGGCUUGCCAGAGCUAGAAGGCCAUACACUCCGGCAAGCCCAUUUGAGACAGGCUUUGAAGAAACUGGAAGAGGUCGUCGAUUGUCAACUGCAGGAUAUGAUGGAACGACCCCGAAGAACUUUGCCGGCUCCGUUUGAGAGCACGAUUUUUCCCUCCGCUGCAUGCUCUUACACAAACCGAUCCGCUGACUCUGGAGUUACUGUCUGCUCAAAUGCGGCACCCACAGAGGCGAUGGCUUUACUCAACAUCCGCACGAUUGACGAGCCGCGCCGUCACAUAUUUUCAACAGGCUUCCGACAGCUGCAAGUCGAGAACAUAGCACCGUCAUGGCUACCCGACGGCCAACGACGUGGCAUGAUCAUGCCUCGCUAUCAGAACUCGAAUGCGAGAUGGCUCACAAGACCUUACAUCAACUGA